ACGGGAAGCAUAUCACGGAGCGUCCACAUAUCUUCCCGGCGCACCUGGGCUUCUACGCUGCAGAAGAGCUUGCCCUGGUUGGUGGCUGCCUGCGUCAUGGCGUCCCUCACACCCAGUGGUAGCAACAAGGGAAACCUGGGAAUCUCCAGUUAUGCACUGGAGGUGAACCAGGCACUGCUGGAAGAGGACGAUGGGUUGCUGAGAGAUCAAUUUCUCAGCGUGUUCAGAAGCCAUCACCCCCAGCUGGCCAACAAGGUGGACGUCAUCUUUGCGCUCGCCCAGGCCUGGUGCAUGUCAGAAAGCGACAGCGACUUUGAGAUGCUGGAGAAGCGCCUGGAGGCGCUCACCCCGGACGAGUCCAUCUUGGUGUCCAGCGCCUUCUCGCAGCUGCUCAACCUGCACAAUGUGACCGAGGAGUCGAUCACCGCACGGGUGGAGAAGGCGGCACGCCUGGGAGAGGUAGAGCAGGCCACGCGAUCCACCAACAAGUCGCUGCAGCGCCUGGUCAGCACAAAGGGACUCCAGCCCGAGGAGAUAUAUGCCGCUCUGUGCAAGCAGACCGUUGGCCUGGUCUUCACCGCUCACCCUACCCAGGCCACUCGCCAGUCGCUGCUGAAAAAGUACGGCGAGAUCCGGCACGCCAUGGACCGCUUGCACAACACUCGGCUGAGCAACUACGAGCGGCUGGAGUGCCUGGACGAGAUCCGCAGCCAGAUCCAGGGCGCGUGGCGCACAGACGAGAUCCGGCGCCGCAAACCGUCGCCCCAGGACGAAUCACGGGAGGGGCUGACCUACUUCCAUGAGACCAUCUACUCUGGCCUCCCCGUGUUCUUGCGCCGCAUCGACACCGCUCUCAAGAACAUUGGGCAGCCGAUGCUGCCGCUGGAUGCCAGGCUCUUCUCCUUUGGCGCCUGGAUGGGUGGCGACCGCGACGGCAACCCCUUCGUCACCCCUGACACCACCCGUGACGUGGUCAUCGGCGCUCGCCUCAGUGCCACCACCCUGAUGACAGAGCAGGUUGAGAAGCUGAUGUAUGAGCUGUCCAUGUGGCGCGCCUCGCCAGAGCUCAAGGCAAGGCUGUCCAGACGCUUGCAAUGGCCUGCUAACACAUAUGACGUUGUGUUCAUGUCCAUCAACGAGCCUUUCCGCCUUGUGCUCUCUGACGUCCGCGCCCGACUGCAGCGCACCAAGGAUUUGCUGCACCACUGCCUGGAGCAUGCCAGCGUGAAUGUGAGAGAGGCACUGGAGUCUGACCCUGAGGCAUACCGCGAUGAGACCGAGCUGCUGGCUACGCUGCGCAUGUGCUACGACUCCCUAAUCUCCACCGGUGACAUCCACAUUGCAUCCUCCCACUUGUUGGACGUGCUGCGUCAGGCCCGCGUCUUUGGACUUUUCCUGUGCAAGUUGGACAUCCGGCAGGAGAGUGUGAAGCACACCGAGGCCAUGGAUGCCAUUACCACCUAUCUGGGGCUGGGCAGCUACAAGCAGUGGGAUGAGCCACGGCGUAUGGAUUUCCUAGUCAAUGAGCUGACUGGGAAGCGCCCCCUGCUGCCGCCUGAUCUUCCCAUGACCCCUGAGGUGGCGGAUGUCAUCGGCACUUUCCGCAUGCUGGCGCAGCUGCCCACUGACUCGCUUGGUGCCUACAUCAUCUCUAUGAGCCACACCGCCUCUGACGUGCUGGCGGUGGUGCUGAUGCAGAAGGAGUGCGGGGUGAAUCCCAUGCUGCGCGUGGUGCCGCUGUUCGAGACGCUGGAUGACCUGCACUAUGCUGAGACUGCCAUGCGCCAGCUGUUCACCAAUCCCUGGUACCUCGCUCACAUCAAUGGCCAGCAGGAGGCAAUGAUUGGUUACAGCGACUCUGGCAAGGAUGCGGGGCGCCUGGCGGCAGCAUGGGGCCUGUACGAGGUACAGGAGCGGCUGACCAAGGUGGCGGACGAGUUCGACGUGCACAUGACACUGUUCCAUGGCCGUGGUGGCACUGUGGGUCGCGGAGGCGGCCCCGCCCACCUAGCCGUGCUGUCGCAGCCACCAGGCACGAUCCGUGGCACAAUCCGUGUGACGGUGCAGGGGGAAGUGAUGGAGCAGCAGUUUGGCGAGAAGGAGAGUGCCUUCCAUACCAUGGACCUGUACACCUCUGCUGUGCUGGAGGCCACACUGGCUCCCACUGAGCAGCCACCUCAACUAUGGCGCGAGAUGAUGGCAGAUAUGGCACGUGUAUCGUGUGAGGCAUACCGAGCGGUGGUGCAGGAGGACCCACGCUUUGUCUCCUUCUUCCAGUCUAUCACACCAGUGAAUGAGCUGGGCCGCAUGAACAUUGGCUCCCGCCCAGCUAAGCGCCGUUCCCACGGCUCCAUCGACACGUUGCGCGCCAUCCCCUGGAUAUUCGCUUGGACACAGGUCCGCUUUCACCUGCCCGUGUGGCUGGGCGUGGGCGAGGCACUCAACUCCAUGAUCAAAGCGGGCAAGCUGGAGCUGCUGCAGGACAUGUUCACCAACUGGAUGUUCUUCCGUGUCACUCUGGACAUGCUGGAGAUGGUGUUCGCCAAAGCCGACCCUCGCGUGGUCAAGAUGUAUGAGAAGGCGCUCGUGGAGCCUGAGUUGCAUGGCCUGGGCGACGAGCUGCUGAAGAAGUUUGAGAUGGCAGAGCAGUCGCUGCUGACAGUCAUGAAGCACAGCCGGCUGCUGAGCUCCAGCUCCACGGCCUUCUUGCAGCAGAAGCUGCAGCUGCGGGCACCAUACGUCGCGCCGCUCAAUAUUCUGCAGGUGAGCUGCCUGAAGACACUGCGGACGAUUGAGGCGGGGAAGAGCGUGGAUGACCUAGUGCCCGACGGAUACAAACCCAGUGAAAAGGCGCUGGCGCUCAUGUCGCGUGGCGACUCGAAGCACCCAUUUUUGGCUGGCAUUGAGGACACCAUGAUCAUCACAAUGAAGGGAAUCGCUGCAGGAAUGCAGAACACAGGGUAGACUUCUCCAUCCGGGUUGCACACGAGCCAAGCUGGAGCAUUGGAUGCAUCCCCACCACCAUUUCUGCGCUCAUGACUAUUCCCAACCCCUCUAAACACCGAAGAAUCCCUGCGUAUUUGUGUGCCGUAUCUGCUUCCAGAAAGACAUGCGGCAGGAAGCGGCGGCGCACCGCUUCCUGCCGUCUUGCCCCCACAGCUUCAAGACUUCCUGCCGGGAUUGCCUAUUGUGUUACGCGAGCUCUGUCUCGCGCAUCAUCCCGGCAUCUUUGUAACGCGCCAAGGCGCGC